AUGGGAAAGAAAAAAGGCGCAACAAAUAAAUCUAAAAAGGCACAACUUGUAAAACCAAAAGUAGAUGAACCAGAACUAUCACCACCACAAACAUCACCACCACCUCCAUCGCAAGGUGAGUUCAUAUGGAUUCAUAUUGGACAAGCUGGUGUUCAAAUUGGAUUAGCAUGUUGGGAAUUAUUUUGUCUUGAACAUGGAAUUAAUCUAGAUGGAUCAGUUAGAGAAUUAACAACGAGCUCUACAUCAAUGUUUUCUUUGUCGCAAGACAACUCCUAUGUCCCUAGGGCUCUGAUUGUAGACACCGAACCUUCAGUUAUAGAUGUUUUGAAAAGUGGAAAUUUCAAAAACUUAUUUUCUUAUGAGAAUAUGAUAUCUGGAAAAGAAAGUGCAGCGAGUAAUUAUGCUGUUGGUUUUUAUGGAGUUGGCAAGAAACUUGCAUCAAAAGUUAUGGAUCAAUUGACACGGUUAGCUGAAGAUUGUAAUUCAUUACAGGGUAUUGCUGUCAUUAGAUCAAUAAGUGGUGGUACUGGAUCUGGAAUGGGUUCACGGAUCAUCGAAACUAUUAGAAAUACUUACCCCAACAAAACAAUUAUUGACUUAAAUGUUUGCUCUUCAUCAGAAUUUUCAAAUAUUAUUGUGGAACCAUAUAAUACUGCCUUGGCCACUCAUCAUGUUUUAGAUGWAGUCAAUUGUUCUUUGCUCUUUGAUAACAAGUCAAUCUAUGAUAUAUGUGGCUCUAAAUUAGAUUUGCCUAAACCUACUUAUGCAAACAUAAAUAGUAUUGUGGCACUAGUUACCUCAGGAAUUACUUCAUCUCUCCGGUUUGAAGGUUCAAUGAUGAGAAAUAUUUCAGAAUUGUUAAUGAAUUUAAUACCUCAGCCCCGAUUGCAUUUUCCACUGAUUUCAUAUGCUCCCAUCACAAAUUGUACCAGAAGUAUUUCAUCAGCCAAUACCCAGUCGGCUGUAAUGAGCUUUGAUAGUGAUUAUCAAAUGAUCAAAAUUGACCCUAGGCUGGGCAAAUAUUUGUCAAUAUGUAUGAUGUUCCGGGGGAAUUUAAACCCAACCAAUAUCAAUACAACCAUUGCUUUUCUUCAAAGAGAACAAACUAUUCCUAUAACGCAUAAUAUGAACUCUCCAAUAUUCAAGUUUGGUCUAUGCAAUCUACAUCCUAUUGCAGUACCAGGUAGUGGAAUCUUUGCGGCCUCUACAGCUACAACAACAUUAUGUAAUAAUACUAUUAUUAAACAGUAUUGGAUGAACACAAUGAACAAUUUCAAUAAAUUGUUAACCAAACGAGUGUUUUUACAUCAUUAUACGGGAGAAGGGAUGGAUGAAUCAACUUUUGAUACAACUAAUGGAAACAUUGCAAAAUUGAUAGCAGAGUAUGGAGAAAUUGAAAAUUCAUAA